CACAGUGAGAUCAUUACUUCACAGUGCUUUUGGUGGCUCUGUCUGUGUGUGUGUGUGUGUGUGUGCAUGCACGUGCUUCCGCACUUGCUUGCAAUAUGAGCAACAAAGGCUUGUUGUUAGAAUGACUUUUUUCGAAUUUUGACCCUGACGUGGAUUUGAACAUGCAACUUCCUGAUCACAGACGCUCUAUCGUUGCGCAGCAGAGUGAGUCUGUUACACAUUUAGGCCGACAGAGGCUUGUUGCAUGAAUGGGGUGAAGUCUGCCAUCUCUGAUUGCCUUGUUGAGACAUGCUUCCAGUGAGGAAACAAGAAAAAAACAGGUUUUAGCCACGUAACAAAAUGCACGCCUAAAACAGUCGUAGUUUCUAUGUCUGUGGUCAGCUAGUGUCUGCGCAGACCUUAUGGUUCCCAACGCACAACACUUUUCAGUCCAUUUGGUGACACCCUCAUGUUUUGGUCAAGAGGCAAUGAAGAAGAUGGUAACCAUGGAAACUUGCUUGAGGUUUUAUGAGGACGUUCGCUGGAGCCCAGACGUGUGCAAGUUGGCGCACAAAUAAAUAAAACACAAGAGAGGAUGAACGCCACAUCACUACCACUAAAAAUGAAUGUAUGGUCAAGUAUGCAUGUGUGGAAGACCCUCAGUUUAGUAGACACAUCAUUUUCCAUUACUUCAUAGUACCUCCUCAACGUGGACAGGGUUGUCAAAGCAUGGCAAAUUUAACUGAUUGUGUCCUUCUACCCAUUUUUCUCUUCAUUUUCUUUUGCAGACAUGGCUUCAGCCAACAUUUCCAUAUCUGAAAAACAGUUUAAAUGUUCAAUCUGCCUGGAUGUUUUCACUGAACCCGUCACUACUCCUUGUGGACACAACUAUUGUAAGGAUUGCAUAACAGGGUACUGGGUCACCAAGGACUUCUGUCAAUGUCCACUGUGCACCGAGGUUUUCCACAAAACCCCUGAGCUGCGAGUCAACACAGAGUUUAGAGACAUGUUGGAACUUUUUAAUAAAACAAGAGCUGCAGAUGACAACAGCAGUUGCCCUGCCCAGCCAGGGGAGGUGCCCUGUGACCUAUGUGGUGAGGUGAAAUGUAAGGCUCUGAAAUCCUGUUUGGUUUGUCUGGCGUCUUACUGCCACACUCACUUGCAGCCUCACCAUACUGUCCAGGCCUUAAAGUGGCACAAACUGAUUAACCCUGUGGGGACCCUUGAGGACAGAAUGUGCAAGAAACACAAUAAGGUGAAAGAGUUUUUCUGCAGGACAGACCAGAGCCCUGUCUGCACUGAGUGCUUGAGGGACGAUCAUGUGAUGCAUGAAGCUGGCCCUUUGGAGGAGGAGUUUACAGCAAGGAAGGAUAAGCUGAAGUGUAGGAAUAUGAAUGUCAACUUCACUCUUGACCAAAACCGUAAGAAGUAUCAAAGUAUUCAAAAGUCAAUGGAGCAAGGUCGGCAGGAAAUGGAGAAAACAAAAGGAGAAAUUGACAAGGCAUUUGCAACUCUCAUCGCAUUUAUUGAGACCAAAAAGGUGAUUCUGAUGGAUUUGUUGGAUAAGAAGCAGACAGCAGCAGAGCAGCAGGCCCAAGGUUUACUCAGACAUCUGAAGGUAAAGAUCGAAGAGAAACAACAGCUACGUUCAAAGCUGAAUGAACUCUUAGACACAGAAGAUGACUUCAAUCUCCUUCAGGAACCCUCAUUCAUCUCCUCCCCUUCAAACUCAAAACAUCCCUCCUUUACAGCCAUAAACCAAAGUUUGUCUCUGCAUGUAGAGACUCUUAGGACUGCAGUGGCCAAGAUCGAGGAGACUUUUAGCAAAUACAUAGGGGAUAUCAUCAGAGAAGUCAGUCUGGUUGAUGAAGAGCAGACAGUUGAAGUACCAAUUGAUGCUGAAACACAGGGUGUGUUUGACGAUGAACUUGGGAAAAUCCAGCAGCAAUAUGCUGUAAAAGUGAUUCUGGACCCUGACACAGCACACCCCUCCCUCAUCCUCUCAGAGGACUGUAAACAAGUGAGGGAUGGAGGCACAAAUCAGACCGUCCCAUAUAGCUGUGCAAGGUUUGACACUCUCCAUUUUGUCUUUGGAAAUGAGGGCUUUUCCUCUGGCAAGUUCUACUUCGAAGUUGCGCUUAAAGGCGUAACAGGAUGGGAAGUUGGAGUGGCACGAGAGUCCAUUAGCAAGAAAGUUGACGAUCUGUCUCUCAGCCCUGAAAAUGGAUGCUGGACAUUGGGGUUGUACUGGGGAAGUUACCAGGCUAAUGCAAACCCACACAUCAUCCUUCCCUUGUCCAAAGGGCCCCAGAAGAUUGGGGUAUUUGUGGAUUAUGAAGGAAGUCUGGUCUCUUUCUAUGAUGUGGAUACGAGGGCUCUGCUCUACUCAUUCACACAAUGCACCUUUACACCAAGUACAUUUCUGAAGAAUUUAUUAAGAUAUUACCCCCCAACAUCGCCAAACGCCAAGGUCUACCCUGUAUUUCGUGCCGGCGGGGAAGCUCCUCUACAGAUCUCUCCUGUAAGAUGCACCUAAGAGAAGGAUAUUCCCAGACAUCCAUGCUUUCAGUGCGAAUGAGCCUCCAUGUCUCGGGUUGGUUCCACGUUCGGGACGGACUUGGUGAAGUCAGCAUUGGCUAUGUGUCCGUACCUCAUUCAACCACACUGAAGUAUCCUUUAAAUCAGAGCAGAAACGAUGUCACACCCAAGCCAAGUGCUUUCCAGUUUUCACAGAAACCUCACUGGUAGACCUACUUAAUGUUAGCAUUUUAGCUAGGUCUUCUUGUUAGCAAACUAUUCUAGUCCAUUUGAUAAAUACACUAUGCAGUAUUUAAUUUAACCUAGAAAUGAUUACCUUCAAAAACUGGAAAGUACUAUUGGUCCAGUCCACCAUAAAUAACAUAUUUUUGUAUUCACCAGAGAAAACAUGUUGAAUUUAAAUUUUAUACAUUUUUUAUGUACUUUCUUGUGUUUUCUUUUUAAAGGCCAAAGUAAACUAGUUAAUAUUGCUACAUGUGUAAACUAGAUAAGUAACAGAAUCUUUUUUCUUUUGGAUGUUUGGCUUCGCUGGGGUGAUAGAACUUGUUGUGAUGAUUCUUAUCUUGAUUUAUUGAAGACCCCAUUAAACACAGCUUAACAGGUGCUCUAUGGUGAUGUAAGGAAUAUUAAAUUAUGUGCAAUAACCAACUUAUGUAUAAUAACUAAAAGUACAACCAUCUCAUCCAUUCAGCACUGUAUAGAGUGUACAUCUCUACUGUAUAUAUUGUAUUAUUGUGACAUUUUAUAUGUAGUACAUUUAAGUUUACUUAGCUUUAUGUUUACUCUUGUUCAUUCUUUAUUAUUCUUAUACAGUAUAUUUCUAUCCUUGUUUCAUGUUCUUUGAAUAGUAGCGGCUGUAACACAAGAAUUUCCCCUC